GACUAGAUGGACGUUUGUUGGCAAAGUAAUGUCUCUGCUUUUUAAUAUGUUAUCUAAGUUGGUCAUAACUUUCCUUGCAAGGACUAAGCAUCUUUUUAAUUUACUAUCCUACUCGAGCUACUAAAAUCUGUAAAACAAUUAAAGUUCCAACUUAAGUAUGAAUUCUUGCCUUACUAUUCUUUCAUUGAGGUUCAAAAUCAUCAUUCAUCGAGCAGAAUUUUCAACAUUACUAACUCAAAUAAGCUUGCUAAAAAUGUGGCACUUUGGCCCCACUUCAGAACUCCUGUUUCAGAAUACACUUAAAAAAUUUUUUUCCUGUUUCUUUGGUAAACAAUUUAUCCUAUGUCACACGAGUAGAACACUGAAAAAUAAAUAUGCUAAUGUUGCCCUGAUGAUUUUAUAAUUUCUCUUCUAGAUGAGAAUACUUUCUCUAAUGGCUUGUGGAUCAUAACUCAUCCUCUUCUUCACAUUAGAAGUUGGGUAGAAAGGAUUACUGUGUAAAAAAUAUAUUUUGUAAUACCAGCCAAGCCACUGCUUCACGACCAGGAACAGCUGACGUUCCAGGAUGUGGCCAUAGACUUCACUCAAGAGGAGUGGGAAUGCCUGGACCUCGGUCAGCGGGAAUUGUACAGGGACGUGUUGUUAGAGAAUUACGGGAACCUGGCCUCCUUGGGGCUUGUCUCUAAGCUGGACCUGGUCACCUUUCUGGAGCAAUUGAAGGAUCCCAGGAAUAUAAGGAGAAUGGAGACAACAACCAGUUACCCAGCCUUGUCUGCACAAGACACCCAGGAUUUGAUGCCGAAAAAUCCAGCAUUAGAAGAUGUAUUCCCAAAAGCAAAACUAGGAAUAUAUCAAAUAUUUCACCUCAAAAACUUAAAUUUAAGAAAAGACUGGGAAUGUACAUGGGUAUAUGAAAGACAGAGAGGAUGUUUAUAUGGACAUAAAGAAAUGGAGACAGUUACACAGAUUGCUAAUAUUACUGGAAAAAGAAUUGAGCAACCUAAGUCAAGUUGGGAAAAACACCCACUUCAUUCUUCAACAUUUGCCAAGAUGUGUAAGUGUUUAAGAAAAGAUUUCCAUCCUUUUUUGAAACAUACAUGUUCUCUAAAAGGAAACGUGAAAUAUCUGGGAGGUAAUCUUGUCUCUACUGCAAAUACUCAUUCAAACAAUUCUGAACAUAGGCUUCGACUCAACAUACAUUCAAGCAUGUCUGAACACCUACAAUUUAACAGUGAGUGGGAAAACUCACAGUCUAAUCAAUUUGAGGGAUCCAUGAGCAGGGGCUUUUUCUUCCCCCAACAGAUAUUAUCUCUCCAUUCCAAGAUGUAUAAUGUUGUUGAUACUGGAAGAGAUGGAAUCCAACCAUCAUUGUUCAAUACGUAUUGUGAUAUGGUCAGAACAAAACAACUUUCCGUGUGCAAUAAAAUGAGUCAGACCUUAAGGAAGAGCUCCAGCUCCAAUAAUUCCAAGAGUAUUUCUGGUGGACUGAGAAGGUAUUCAGGCAAUGAGCCUGGGUAUAUGGUUGAAGGAGACGCCAACCUUAAGAAACAUCAGGGACCUGAAUCUACAAACAAGGAUUCUAAAAGUAAUACAUGUAGAAAUGCCUUUGAUCAAAUGUCAGGUUUUUCUCUCGAUAAGAGUACUUGUAAUGAAGAGGGGAGUUGUACUGAAUAUGGUAUGGUUUCUAAUCAGUCUUCAGAACUUAUUCAACCGCAGACUGUUCAGAAUCCGCAGAAAGAAAACAAGUGUAAGAUAUGUGGGAAACUGUUUAGUAAAUCAUGCCAUCUAAGCAGACAUAAGAAAAUUCAUACAAGAAAGAAACCGUUCCAAUGUACACAAUGUAACAAAGUGUUUAAGCAUCUCUCACUUCUUACUAAACAUCAGCGAAUUCACACUGGAGAGAAACCUUAUAAAUGUGCAGAAUGUGGCAAAGCCUUUACUUACAACUCACAUCUUAUUGAACACCGGCGAAUUCACACUGGAGAGAAACCUUAUAAAUGUACAGAAUGUGGCAAAGCCUUUAUCUGUUACUCACAUCUAACCUAUCAUCAGCAAAUUCAUACUGGAGAGAGACCUUAUAAAUGUACAGAAUGUAGCAAAGCCUUUAUCUGUUACUCACAGCUAACCUAUCAUCAGCGAAUUCAUACUGGAGAGAAGCCUUAUAAAUGUAAAGAAUGUAACAAAGCCUUUCAUCGUCUCUCACUUCUUACUGGACAUGAGCGAAUUCAUUCUGGGGAGAGACCUUAUAAAUGUAAAGAAUGUAACAAAGCAUUUAUUCAGUGCUCAAAUCUUACUCGGCAUCAACGAAUUCAUACUGGAGAGAAGCCUUAUAAAUGUAAAGAAUGUAACAAAGCCUUUCAUCAUUGCUCAGUUCUUACUCGACAUCAGCGAAUUCAUUCUGGGGAGAGACCUUAUAAAUGUAAAGAAUGUAGCAAAGCCUUUAUUCAGUGCUCACAUCUUGCUCAACAUCAGAGAAUUCAUUCUGGGGAGAGACCUUAUAAAUGUCAAGAAUGUAACAAAACCUUUAUUCAGUACUCGCAUCUUACUCGACAUCAGCGAAUUCAUACUGGAGAGAAGUCUUAUAAAUGUAAAGAAUGUAACAAAGCCUUUAUUGAAUGCUCACAUCUUACCCGACAUCAGGAAAUUCAUACUGCAGAGAGACCUUAUAAAUGUAAAGAAUGUGACAAAGCCUUUAUUCAGUGCUCGCAACUUACUCAACAUGAGCGAAUUCAUACUGGAGAGAAGCCUUAUAUAUGUAAAGAAUGUAACAAAGCCUUUAUGCGUUGCUCACAUCUUACCCAACAUCAGCAAAUUCAUACUGGAGAGAGACCUUAUAAAUGUAAAGAAUGUGACAAAGCCUUUACUACGAAUUCGGCCCUUACUCAACAUCACCGAAUUCAUACUGGGGAUAGAUGUUAUAAAUGUACAGAAUGUGGCAAGGCCUUCAUUAAGGGUUCUAAUCUUACUAAACAUCAGCGAAUCCAUACUGGGGAGAGACCGUAUAAAUGUACAGAAUGUGGCAAAACCUUUAAUCGGAGCUCAAUUCUUACUACACAUUUGCGAGUUCAUACUGGAGAGAAACCUUAUAAAUGUACAGAAUGUGGCAAAGCCUUUAGUCAUAGUAGUAAUCUCACUAAACAUCUGAGAACACACACUGGAAAGAAACCCUAGUAAUGGAACAAGUGAUGGAAGAGGUUUGCCCUGAACAUGCAUCAGAAAACACAAGAGUUUAUAUAAGAAACCUAUGGAAAUGAUGUAACAAAUACGUAGAAAGGUU